UUGCAACUGAAUACUUUUAAUAUUUUUGUUUUAUUUUCUCUAUUUUCGCUUUAAGUAAAUUUAUACAGCAAGAUUUGUACAUUAAAUUGGCACGUGUUAAGUGGAUAUUUAACUGAAAAUGGCAGACUUUAUAGAUUCAGAAGCCGAGGAGUCUGAGGAAGAAGAGGAUCUGGACGUAAACGAAAAGAGAAGAAGUAAAAAUCUUAAAGCGAUGGCAGACAGUAGCGAGGAAGAUGAAGAAGAUGAUGAAGAACGUCUUCGUGAGGAACUGAAGGAUUUAAUAGACGAUAAUCCGAUCGAGGAGGAUGGAACCGAGGGAGAAGAUUCCGACACUUCGAAUGCCUCAAAAAAACGUAAAAAACACGACGAUGACGACUUAGAUGAUCGCUUAGAAGACGACGAUUACGAUUUGAUCGAAGAAAACCUGGGCGUUAAAGUAGAAAGGAGGAAACGUUUCAAACGAUUAAGGCGAAUACAAGAGGAAGAGAGCGAUGGAGAAGACGAUCACGUAGAUGAAGGCUUAGCUAGGGAAGCUAUCGCAGAGCAACUCUUUGAUGACGACGAGAAUGCGGAAGGACAAUCUGAAAAGAGCAAUAGAGAACCUGAACAUUUCGAAGAAGACGAGGAAGAAACUGACUCUGAUGCUGAUGACUUUAUUGUGGAUGACGAAGGGCGCCCUAUUGCUGAAAAGAAGAAAAAAAGAAAACCAAUAUUUACAGAUGCAUCACUUCAAGAAGGACAGGACAUUUUCGGUGUAGAUUUUGAUUAUGACGAUUUUUCCAAGUAUGAAGAAGACGAAUAUGAAGACGAUUCGGAAGGAGAAGAAUAUGAUGAAGAAGCAGGAGAAGAUGAGCGGGGUAGAGUGAAGAAAAAAUCUACUAAAAAGUUGCCGAAGAAAACUAUAUUUGACUUGUAUGAACCAAGCGAGUUAAAAAGAGGACACUUUACAGAUCUAGAUAAUGAAAUUCGGAAAACUGACAUUCCUGAGCGUAUGCAGUUAAGACAAAUUCCUGUUGUUCCUGUUCCUGAAGGCUCUCCAGAACUAGAUAACGAAGCAGAGUGGAUAUACAAGCAAGCAUUUUGUUUACCCACAGUUUCGCAACAUGAUAAUGAUGAUAAAAAUCGGGAAACCAACAGGAAACCACCAAGUACUGUGGGUAAGAUAAAGCAAGCCUUGGAAUUCAUAAGAAACCAACAAUUGGAGGUACCAUUUAUAUCAUUUUAUCGCAAGGAGUACGUCAAGCCUGAGUUGUCCACAGAUGACUUGUGGAAAGUGUAUUAUUUUGAUGAGCGUUGGUGUCAAUUGUUAAAUAGGAAAAAUAAAUUAUUAAUCUUAUUUGAAAAGAUGCGGAAUUACCAAAUUAAUGAAAUAAUGAAAAAAACCGAUUCAGAUUUACCGGAGGACAUUCGAGUUCUUAAAGAUGACGACUUUGAACGUCUUCGAGAUGUACAAACUAUGGAAGAGUUAAAAGACGUUCAUUUACAUUUCCUUUUGUACUAUUCCCAUGAAAUACCCAAAAUGCAGGAAGAGGAAAGAAAAAAGGAAAGAGAACUAAAAAAACAACGAAGAGUUGGAAAAAGGCGAGAAAACAAUGAAGACGCACAAGAAACUGAUCAUAUAUCCGAUGAAGAGGAUAAUGAAGAAUUAGAUAUGCAAGAACCAGAACAUUUAAAGCAGGCUAAGGACUCGGGACCGUAUUCUAUGUGUCGCAGAGCUGGGAUAUGUGGCUUUGCCAAACAUUUCGGACUGCAACCGGAACAGUUUGCUGAAAACAUUCGAGAUAGUUAUCAGCGUCAUGAAGUUGACCAAGAAGUAAUCAGCCCGUCAGAUCUAGCAAAACAAUACUUAUGUCCAAAAUUUAUGACCAUAGAUGAAGUUAUCCAUGCAGCUAAAUUUGUUGUUGCAAGACAAUUGUCAAAGGAACCUUUGCUUCGAAAAACAAUUCGCGAAGUUUAUUUUGAGCGGGCAAAAAUUAAUGUCCGGCCUACAAAGCAAGGAAUGAAAGAGAUAGAUGAAAAUCAUCCGUGCUAUCCUAUGAAAUACUUAAAAAAUAAACCAAUUCGAGAUUUGAUUGGGGAACAGUUUCUUAGACUUUUUAUGGCGGAGGAAGACAAUCUUUUAAUUCUAAACAUUGCUGAUGAAAUUGAAGGUAACACUUCAGGAUCUUAUAUAGACGAAGCAAAACAACUUUAUCAACGUGACGAAUUUUCUAAAACUGUUCAAGAAUGGAAUGCACUUCGCGGUGAAUGCGUUGAGUUAGCUCUUAAGAAAAUGGUGAUUCCUGACUUAAAAAAGGAAUUGAAGCGAAUCGUUCUUUCCGAGGCAAAAGAUUUUGUACUCAGAACUUGCUGUAAAAAAUUGUCGAACUGGUUAAAAGUUGCUCCUUUCAGACCCGAUUUUACAGAUGAGUAUACGUUCGAUGAUUGGGGGUCGGCAAAGGGUAUUCGCUCUCUAGGCCUUGCAUAUGUUCCCGAUUACUCACAGGCUGCUUUUUGCGCAAUUACAACACCAGAAGGUGAUGUAAGUGAUUAUUUACGAUUGCCACAUAUUUUAAAAAGGAAAUCGUCUUAUAGAUCUGAAGAGAAGGAAUUAAAAUUAUCUGAUUUAAAUAAUUUAAAAGAGUUUAUUAGAACUAAAAGGCCACAUGUGAUAGCGAUUGGAGGAGAAUCAAGAGAAGCGCAAAUGAUUCAAUCUGAUGUUCAAGAAAUAAUUAAGGAACUAAUGGAUGAGGAUCAAUUUCCAAAUAUUUCUGUAGAAAUAAUUGAUAAUGAACUAGCAAAAAUAUACGCGAACUCGCAAAAGGGAGCAUCUGAUUUUAAGGAGUAUCCAACAUUACUUAAGCAGGCCGUUUCACUAGCUCGCAAAAUACAGGAUCCUCUCUUAGAGUAUUCCCAACUCUGUGGUCCCGAUGAAGAAAUACUCUGCUUGCGUUAUCACUCAUUGCAAGAUCAGUUGUCAAAAGAGGAACUCCUGGAGCACCUUUAUAUAGAAUUCAUAAAUCAAACUAAUGAGGUAGGUGUGGACAUAAAUAUGGCUGUACAAAAUUCGUACACAUUAAAUAUGGUACAAUUCAUAUGUGGACUUGGUCCAAGAAAAGGGCUAGCCUUAAUAAAAAUUCUUAAACAGACAAAUCAAAGAUUGGAAAACAGAACUCAGUUAGUGACAUUAUGUCACCUAGGUCCCAAAGUAUUUAUAAACUGUUCUGGAUUUAUAAAAAUUGAUACAAGCUCGCUUGGUGAUAGUACAGAAGCAUAUGUGGAGGUUCUUGAUGGAUCUCGAGUACAUCCGGAAACAUAUGAAUGGGCUCGAAAAAUGGCAAUUGAUGCAAUGGAAUAUGACGACGAAGAAACCAAUCCCGCCGGCGCGUUAGAAGAAAUUUUAGAAAGCCCCGAAAGACUAAAAGAUCUUGAUCUUGAUGCAUUUGCUGUAGAGCUCGAACGACAAGGUUUCGGAAACAAGAGCAUAACACUAUAUGAUAUCAGAUCUGAGUUGAAUUCAUUGUACAAAGACUUCAGAAUUCCAUAUCGCUCAGCAAAUUCUGAAGAACUGUUCGAUAUGUUAACUAAAGAAACACCUGAAUCGUUUUAUGUUGGAAAAAUGGUGUUAGCCACGGUUGCAGGGAUUUCUCAUCGUAAGCCACAAGGAGAACAAUUAGACCAAGCAAAUCCGGUUCGAAAUGAUGAGACCGGUAAUUGGCAAUGUCCUUUUUGUUUAAAAGACGAUUUUCCAGAAUUAUCGGAAGUUUGGAAUCAUUUCGAUGCUGGUGCUUGUCCUGGCCAAGCUACCGGUGUCAAACUUCGUCUCGACAAUGGUCUGUCGGGUUUUAUACACAUUAAAAAUUUAUCCGAUAAACACGUUAAAAAUCCUGAAGAAAGAGUUCAGUCCGGUCAAGCAAUACAUGUAAGAAUUAUCAAAAUAGAUGUCGAUCGUUUUUCAGUUGAUUGUUCAUCAAAGAGUUCUGAUCUAAUGGACAAAAAUCACGAAUGGCGACCAAGGCGAGAUCCAUUUUAUGAUUAUGAGCAAGAAGAAGUAGACAACUCUAAAGAAAAAGAUCAGAAACAAGUUAGAACAAAACAACAAUAUGUAAAGCGGGUAAUUAUACAUCCUUCUUUUCAUAACAAAUCUUAUGCCGAAGUUGUAAAAAUAAUGGAAAAUAUGGAUCAGGGCGAAGUAAUUGUUCGACCAUCGAGUAAAGGUUCAGAUCACUUAACUGUAACGUGGAAAGUAACAAAUGAUAUUUAUCAGCACAUAGAUGUUCGCGAGGAAGGCAAAGAAAACGCCUUCAGUUUAGGCCAAAGUCUAUGGAUUGGAAACGAAGAGUUUGAAGAUUUGGAUGAAAUUAUAGCAAGACAUGUUAAUCCCAUGGCAGCUUGUGCUCGAGAACUACUCACUUAUAAGUACUAUCGUGAUACAGGAGGCGGACUUAAAGACAAGAUGGAAGAGUUAUUGAAAGAAGAAAAAACAAAAGACCCCAGAAAAAUACACUAUUUUAUUUCAGCAUCCACAAAUUAUCCUGGAAAAUUUUUGCUAUCAUACUUACCCAAAAACAAAAGCCGACAUGAAUACAUAACUGUAAUUCCAGAAGGGUUUCGUUUUAGAGGGCAAAUUUUUGAUUCACUAAAUGGCCUACUUAAAUGGUUUAAAGAUCAUUAUUCUGACCCUAUUGUGACAAACACUCCAGUGUCCACUUCCCAGCUUAACUCUUUAUCAAGAAUGAGCAACGCUGGGUAUGAUACGCCCAGAGUAACUGAUUCAAGAACUUCGCAACAAAUGUCUCAAAAUGUUUCCAUGCAUACACCACAUUUUUCAAGCACACCGGGUUAUCAUGGUGGAUAUGUUAACACACCAUACACUCCAAGUGGCCAAACUCCAUUUAUGACUCCUUAUACCACUCCCCACUCAUCUCAAACUCCUCGAUACGGCAGCAAUACACCUAGCCCAGGCUCUUCGACUUCACAUUUAACCUAUGGCAACCAAUCACACAAUGAUCGAAAUUCAAAAGACGCUAGGUAUGGAAAUCUACAACGAUUUGACAACAAAAAUCACAGAACACAGCGUACGAAUGAGAGCUUAGAAUGGCAAAUAGCUUCAGAUUCAUGGGCGAGGCGUAAACGAGUGAAUCCUGUGAUACCACAGAGUAGAGCAGAAUCUAUCAGACCCGCGAAUUUUUGUAUGCCGCCACCAAGCAUUGAUUACUCUCACCCAACGCCUCAGUACGUAGAAGAUAAUCGAGUCAGGCCUCCCCUAGACUAUCAAAGAAGUCCUCGGUCUAUUCGAAGUACUCCGCGUACGAAUACCUCACCACAUUCUAUGAAUUUAGGCGAUUCAACUCCUUUAUAUGAUGAAAACUAACUUGUAUCAAAUAAAGAAAUAUACAUUAAAAACGUG